CAGCCUUCUAAAUCUUAUCAUCAUUCGUUGAAUGUCUACCGGUCCGCUCGUUUAACCCUCAAGUGGGACCACUGCCAUAGUCACGUGACAUAGGGUUUCAGCAGCCGUUGAAACUCGCCCACAAACAAGAACUGGUUCGUCAUGCAAGUCUUAUCCACUUCCCAACGCAGGAGCCACUUCUCAACAGAUAGCCUCAACCUCGCGCCACUACAACAGCAGCAGCAUUCAGGCGAACACCAGCAGAGUCCCAACCUCAACCUCAGGCUCCUGAUCUCUGCUCCAGUCUCACUGGCGAACGCGAAGAAAGAGCCCAAAGAGCGAGGCGAAAUGGCCCUCACGCCGCGCCAUGGACACUCUAAGAGCCACGACGCGUUGCUCGUUCCUACAACGGACGUGCAAGGCGCUGCGUCGACUCCACGCGGCACGUCCGAACUGGCUCAAGUCUCUACAGAAUGCGCUAAUCAAGCGUGCGGCGUCGCGUCGAGCUCUCGCGCCGCCACGUCACACGGCGAGUCGGCGCCGCUCAACGCCGACCGGUUUUCCCUCCUUCCUGACGAGCUUGUCGUGGAGAUUCUCGCCCGACUCGGCGGGUCCGCGGCUGACGUCAGCGUCGCGUCGAUGACGUGUCGUCGUUGGAGCACUCUUGCAAAGCAACUGCCGUGCCUCAGCUUCGGAACUGGCAACCCGCAGCAACGUCAAGUCCCUUCACCGGCGCGCUUCGAGGAGUCAAUCUCUCGCAUGGUGCUUCGCUCGCAAUUCCUCCGCCAGCUCAGCAUCGUGACUCCGCUUCCCGCCGCUUCCCCCGCGGGCGGUUGCGGCGCCGAAUGUGGCACUUCCGCCUCUGCCGCCCCUGCCUCCUGCGGCUGCGGUUGCUGCGGCACGGAGGCGGCGCACGGAGCAGCAGUCACGGCGGAGGAGGAUUCCGCGUCGGCGCGUCAUCCGCGGGAGUUUAUCUUCGAGGCGUGGAUGCGCCACGUGGGGCCGUCGCUGCGCUCACUCACCCUCUCGCGCGCCGUUCCCGCCACUGCUUCCUCACAUUGCGGCGGCGGUGACGGCGGCAGGAGCGUGGUGGUGAACCUGUGGGAGGAGGAGGACGCGAGUCUGCAUCUCGCGCACAUUUCCCGCCACUGCACCAGCCUGCGCUCGCUCUCAUUGGGCCACGUGUCCCUCUCCGCGCCCACCCUUCUCGCCGCGCUCCAGCCCAUGCCAGCCCUGCAGCACCUCUCGCUCUCGUGGCUCCACGCCUCCCCCGCCGCACUCCACGCCGUGCUUGACGCCGCGCCCAAUCUCCGCAGCCUCACUAUUUUCAUGGCGUCCGGUUUCCCGCGCCUGCAUGUACGCCUCCCGGCGUCCCUCGAGCACAUCUCGCUCUCCUACAUUCGCGCGGACUCCGUCGCCCUUCGUUCCGCGCACUCUCUGCAGUCCGUCUCUCUUCGCGACAUGUUUCUGCGCGCGCUCUCCAUCCGCGACGCGCCCAAUCUGCGCCAACUUGCGAUUGCCUCCGCUAACAGCCUGCUCGUCUCCGCGCCUCACUCCAAUGGCCUCGCGCAAAUUGACCUCCGCGCGGGCUCGCUGAACUGGCCUGCCAUCGAAUCCCUGAUUUCGUCCAAUUCGGCCGCCCUGGAGUCACUUUCUCUCGACUUUUUUGCUGUGGGUAGCGGUUCGGGCCUGCCCUCGGUUUCGUCGCUUCCUUGGCUCGCGCGGAACUGCCCGAGAUUGAGAAGUUUGCGUUUGGGAGUGCUAGCGUGGCAGAAUAUGGUUGGCUCGGCUGCAGAAUCUGGCCUUCUACAGUCACACGGCAGAAGUGCGUCAUUUGGUACACUAAAUGGCAGCAAUUUGUGGCCUCGGCUAGAAGAAUUGAAAGUGCGGGUUGAGGAGAAAGGUCCUGAAGGCCUUCUUCUGCUUCAUCUCAUACUCUCAAACACCCCCACGUUGAUGAACCUGCAUGUGACUGUAGAGGGGGAGGACGAGGACGAAGAGGAGGAAGAGGAGGAGAUGGAGUACGAGGGAGAUUGCGACGCUAUGAGCAUUGAUGAGAAUCAGGAGGACGAGGGAAAAGACGAGGAAGGCGAGGCGGCUAACAUUUCACCUUCACACCCUUCUGCUGAGGCUCCUGCACCCGUAUCUGCUGACCCAUCUGCAUGUCACCAUUCCUCGGAAGCUAGCCCUGCAAGGGCCAAAUCCACUCAGUCUGUGGGUUACUGGCCAGCCCUGACUGCAGCAGAGAGGCAGCACCAGCUGUUUUUGAAGGGGCUGGACUGCCUGCAGAGGCGGUUUGGGUGCUUUCAUGUAACUUCCCCCGUGCUUCUCAGACGGGAGACGUUCUGAGAAGUCCAUACAGUUAAUCCAUUAGUACUAAUCUCAUUCUUUGUUUCCCAGUUAAAAUAUAUAUAUUUACACCUUAUCAGGAACCAUGAAGGAGCACCUCUGUCUCAAAAUCACUCAUUUUCCAUUU